AUGGAGGCAUUGGGAGAUGCUAAUACUAAGGUGAUUGGGGUGUAUGGGAUGGCUGGUGCGGGAAAGACUACACUGGUGAGAGAAGUUGCUAGGCGAGCCAAGGAAAAAAAGUUAUUCGAUGAGGUGGCCAGUGCAUAUGUGACGCAAAGCCCAAAUCUUACACAAAUUCAAGGAGAAAUCGCCUACAUGCUAGAUCUAAAGCUUGAUGCGGAAAUUGUAAGUGAAAGAGCAGAUCGUCUAAGGAAGAGAUUAACAACACACAAGAAGAUACUUAUUAUCCUAGAUGAUAUAUGGAGCAAAUUGGAUUUGGAGAAAAUAGGAAUUUCUUGUACGCAAUGCAAAGUCGUACUAACAUCUAGAGAUAAAAAUGUAUUAUCCUGUGAGAUGGGCACCCAGAAGGAUUUUGAGCUUGUACAAUUACCCCAAAAAGAAGCAUGGAAUUUGUUUGAGAAGAUGGCAGGUGAUUGUGUUAAAGACCCUAAUUUGAGAAGCACAGCAGCUGAAGUAGCUAAAGAGUGCGCAGACAUUGAUAAUCUAGAACAAGCCAAAGACAGAUUAUAUAGCCUAGUUCAGAAUCUAAAAGACAAGAGUCUAUUGCUAGAUUGUCCCCAUAGUUCUGAGCAUUGCCAUAUGCAUGAUGUUGUUCGUUAUGUUGCAAGAUUCAUAGCAUCAAGUGAUCAUAAUAUGUUUGUGGUGAGUGAUAGGAGUGGACUAAAAAAAUGGACAGAUGCAGAUUCACUCAGAAGAUGCAGGGCGUUCUCUAUCAGUGGUGGAGAUAUCCAUGAACUUCCUAACAAAAUGGAAUGUCCAGAUUUAAGAUUCUUUUAUGUGUAUGGUGGGGAUCGUGCUUUGCAUAUCCCAGAGACUUUCUUUGAAGGGAUGGGAAAGCUCCAAGUUUUAGAUUUGACUGAAAUGAAACUUCCAUCACUUGGUCUCCUUAUAAAACUACAAACAUUGUGCCUGGAUCAUUGUCUGUUGGGAGACAUAGCUGUAAUUGGAGAGCUUAAGAAUUUAGUCAUCCUUAGCCUCUUAAGUUCUAACUUGUCACAAUUACCAAGAGAAAUAGCGUUGUUGACUCGUUUACGGUUGUUGGAUCUGAGCAAUUGUUUCAAACUUGAGGUGAUUCCACCGAAUGUGCUAUCAAGCUUGGUUGAAUUAGAAGAGUUGUACAUGGGAAAUAGUCCUGUUCAAUGGGAGAGUGAGGGACUGAAUUCAAAAAGAAAUAAUGCAAGCCUUGCUGAGCUGAAGCAUUUGUCACAGUUGACCACUUUAGAGAUACAUAUUAUAGAUGUAAGAAAUUUGCCUAAAGAUCUUUUGUUUGAAAGGUUAAAAGGAUAUGCAAUAUCUGUAGGAGAUCAUGUAUGGGACUCUUCUAAUAAGCGUGAAGCCUCAAAAAUAUUGAAACUCAAGCUGAAUACGAGCUUUCAAUCAGAGGUUGGGAUUAAACUGCUACUGAAGAGAACAGAGGCUCUUUAUCUAGAUGAAUUAAGGGAUGUUAAGAGUCUUCUAAACCAAUUAGGCAGAGAAGGUUUUCAACAAUUGAAGCAUCUCCAUAUCCAAAAUAAUCCUGAGAUUCAAUAUAUCAUUAACUUAAGGAUUCCGGUUGUUGCCUUUCCUGCCUUGGAGACAUUUCUUCUAAAAAAUAUGAUGAGCUUGGAAGAAAUAUAUCAUGGCCAACUUCCCUUGACAUCUUUCCAUAACUUGAGAAUUGUAAAAGUGGAACAUUGUGAUAAAUUAAAAUUUCUCUUCUCAUCAUCCAUGGCUAGGGGCCUUUCACAUCUAGAAGAAUUGGAAGUAAGAGAAUGCAGGAUCAUGGGUGCAAUAGUCAUCGAAGAAGAAGGCAAAAUAGAAGACAAUGAUACAUCAUUGUUCCCUAAACUACGUCACUUGGCACUAGAGCAUCUUCCAAAGCUCAUGGGCUUCUUGAUCACACAAAAUCCAUUCAUAACAGAUGCUGGAGAAAUCAUUUCAGAGGGCAAGUUUUGUUUUCACAUCCCAAUUCUACACGAACAGGUGGUGUUCCCCAUCUUGGAAACGUUGGAACUAUCAUCAGUAAACUUGGAAGAGAUAGAGCAGAACCAACAUCCGGAAAGUUCAAGCAUGACGGGUAGCAAACAACUCAAGGAAAUGAAUGCAGAGGAGAGCCCUUAUUCUGUUAUGCAGCCUUUCUUCAAUGAAGAGGUUGUGUUCCCUAUCUUGGAAAGGUUGGAACUGUCAUCAGUUAACUUGGCAGAGAUAGAGCAAAACCAACAUCCGGCAAGGUCCUAUUGCAUAUUAAGAAACACGCAAGCAACAUCAAGAUUUGAAAAUUUGUCAUACUUGCAGGUGCAGGGCAUGGGUAACAUAAAAUAUAUAUUGUCAUUCUCUACAGCUAGAUUUAUGGUGCAGCUUAAACAUCUUCACGUCUUGGAAUGUGAGGAUGUGGAAGAGAUACUAGUCAGAGAAGAAUUAAGAUUAGAAGAAGAAAUAACUCCAGAGGUGUUGUUUCCUCGACUAGAAUGCCUGUUUCUAAAAGAACUCCCAAUCCUCAAAAGAUUCUGUGUAGGAAGUAACAUUGAAUUUCCAUCCUUGGAGAAUUUGAAGAUAGAACAUUGCCCUAAAGUAGUGACAUUCGUAUCCAAACCUCUCAGUUCAGGAAUGACGAUCAGCAAAGAACUCAAGGAAAUGACUGUAGAUGAGACUCCUCAUAAUGUUAUGCAACCUCUCUUCAAUGAAGAGAGUCUAGAUACACUUAUCGUAGCUAAUUGUGGGGUGGAGGAAAUUGUUGCGAGGGAAAAAGGAUCAGAAGCGAUAGCUAGGUUCGUGUUCCCUCAAAUAACUAGCCUUUGUCUUGAAAAACUACCACAACUCAAAUGGUUUUACCCUGGGAUGCAUGCUUCAGAAUGGCCAAUGCUGAAAUCAUUAACGGUGAAUGGAUGCCAAAAAGUUGACAUAUUUGCUUUUGAACUUUUGAGCUUUCAAGAAACACUUCAAGAGAGCCCAGUUGAGAUCGCCAUUAAACAACCUCUUUUCUUGGUUGAUCAGGCUACGUUCCCCAAGUUGGAGUUUUUGGAAUUGGUGCAUUAUCACACCAUAUGGCGUGGCCAGUUUUUGGAGGACUGCUUUUGCAAAUUAAAAGUUCUUCGGCUGAUGUGCAAUCAUAAUAAAUCAGCUGUUUCUCCACCGAAUUUUGUUAAAAGAUUACACAACUUGGAGAAAUUUGUUGUUUGUCAUAGUGACUGGGAAGAAAUAUUCCCAUAUGAAGAACUUCCUGCUCAAGAAAAUCAUGUUGGGGUACCCACACAAUUAAGAGAGCUGAAUCUAAAUGAACUUCCUAAGCUGACACAUUUGUGGAACGAAGACACCAAACCAUGCUCAAAUUUUCAUAUUAUGGAAAUUCUAGUCGUGUCGAAUUGUGGCAUAUUGAAAAUUUUGGUACCAUCAUCAGUAUCUUUCCAAAAUUUGUCUGAGCUUGAAAUAUUGGAGUGUCAUGGGUUGAUUAAUUUGGUUACAUCCUCAACAGCCAAAAGUCUUGUGCAACUCAAAAAAAUGAGCGUAAGUGAAUGUGAGAUGAUAAUGGAAAUUGUAAGUGGGGACAGAGGUGAAGGAAAUGAUCAGGUGAUUACUUUCAGCAAAUUGACAAGCUUAAAACUUGAUUGCUUGCCACAGCUUUCAAACUUUUGCUCGGGAGGUUAUUCAUUCGAGUUCCCAUCUUUAGAAGAAGUGAUUGUGAGUCAAUGCCAAGAGAUGAAGAUUUUCUCUGUUGGAGUCUUGAGCACACCAAAGCUAAAAAGAGUACAAGCAACAAAAGAAGAUGAAGGGCAAUGGAAGGGCGACCUGAAUACCACCCUACAUUGGCUUUGGAAGAGCAAACUAUGCAUUCCACCAUCAAAUGAUUUUUCUGAGACAGAGUAA